CUCUCGUUCCCGGCGGCGGACAGGGGGCGCUGCGCGUCCGGGCGCCCCGAGGGGGCGGGCCCGGGGCGGAGCGGGGCGGGCCCGGCUGCCAGGCCUGGGCUCCGGCCGCCCGCGCCGCCCGCCAGCCGCUCCGGGGCCGGGCCGGGGCGGGGCGCGGCGGCAGGAAGCGGGGCGGGGACUCGCGGAGGCGUUGGGGAGCGAGGGAGGGCGCGGCCAACUCCCGGAGGGACGGCUGGCGGCGAGCGCGGCUCCCCGGCCUGGCGCCGAGCCUGAGCCCGCCGGACGGGAGGCAGCCCCGCCGCGGGCUCGGCCCCGGCCCCAGCCCCGCCAGCAUGGCCGGCCGGACCGUGCGGGCCGAGACCCGGAGCCGGGCCAAGGAUGACAUCAAGAAGGUGAUGGCGACCAUCGAGAAGGUCCGGAGAUGGGAGAAGCGGUGGGUGACUGUGGGCGACACUUCCCUUCGCAUCUUCAAGUGGGUGCCUGUGGUUGACCCCCAGGAGGAGGAGCGGCGGCGGGCAGGUGGCGUGGCAGAGCGGUCUCGCGGCCGGGAGCGUCGGGGCAGGGGUGCCAGUCCGCGCGGGGGUGGCCCUCUCAUUCUGCUGGAUCUCAACGAUGAGAACAGCAACCAGAGCUUCCACUCGGAGGCCUCCCUCCACAAGGGCACCGAGCCCAGCCCCAGUGGCACCCCUCAGCCCAGCCGGCCUGUGUCGCCUGCCGGAGCCCCCGAGGGGGUCCCUGAGGAGUCGCAGCCCCCACGGCUGGGCCAAGAGCGAGAUCCUGGGGGCAUGACCGCAGGCGGCACUGAUGAACCCCCCAUGCUGACCAAGGAGGAGCCUGUGCCAGAGCUGCUGGAGGCUGAGGCCCCCGAAGCUUACCCCGUCUUUGAGCCAGUGCCACCUGUCCCCGAGGCAGCCCAGGGUGACACAGAGGACUCGGAGGGCGCCCCCCCACUCAAGCGCAUCUGCCCCAAUGCCCCCGACCCCUGAGAAGCCGGCUUGCCUGUCCCGUCGCCCCAGGGACCCUUGGGCUUUUUAAUCAAUAAAGACCCUUUUGUAA